AUGGCGUAUGACUUCAUUGGUAUAGACACUAAAAAUAGGAUUGCUGCCUUGGUUCCUUUUGAGGAGGGGAAACUUCCUAUCAAGUACUUGGGGGUUCCAUUGCUUGCUUCUCGUUUGAUGAUAAAGGAUUGUAAAGUGUUAGUGGAGAGGGUGGUUAAGCGUAUAAACGAUUGGAAAAACAGAUUCCUCUCAUUUGCGGGUAGGCUUCAACUUGUUAUCUCUGUGCUCUCUUCUAUACAUGUGUAUUGGGCGUCUGUUUUCAUUUUACCAACCAGCAUCAUCAAAGAGCUGGAAUGUAAAAUGAAAUGGUUCUUAUGGGGCUAUGAUUCGGGUUCGAAGGGUAGAGCAAAAGUGGCAUGGAAGGAUGUUUGUCUUCCAAAAUCUGAAGGGGGUUUGGGCAUUCGUCGGAUCUCAGAUGUGAAUAAGUCUUUAAUGGCUUACCACAUCUUCAGUUUACUAUCCGGUCGAAAAUCAAUGUUGACAAGCUGGAUUGAUUCGUAUAGACUCCGAGGUAGAAGCAUUUGGGAUAUUCCGGUUAAAUCUAACUCGCCUUGGGGAUGGAAAAAACUAAUGAAGUGUAGAAGUUUUUUUCGGGAACAUUUCUGGAGCAAAGUGGGUAAUGGAAUGACCACGUUUCUUUGGUUCGAUAAAUGGGCAGCUGAGUGUCCUCUUCAUCAUGUGGUAACUCCGCGUCAAAUGGCUCGCUUUGGCUUCAGUAUUAAGUCUAAAGUGGCGGAUGCUUUUAGAGAUGGGCGUUGGGUGUGGCCGGAAGCAUGGAGGAGCGUUUACCCCAUAUUAUUUCAGCUUCGUCCUCUUAAUUUGUCUACUUUGCGGGAUAAAGUUGAAUGGAUGAACUCGAAUGGGAAGUUGGUUCCUUUCUCGUCUAAGGAGACACACGAGCACCUAUUCUUUGAAUGCUCAUACUCGAAAUCAGUAUGGUUCAAAGUGAGGUGCAAGAUUGGCAUGGACUCGGUGAUAGAAUCAUGGGAAGAUAUAGUAUCAAGACUCAUCUCCAAGGCUGCCUCGAAAUCGGUAUAUGAUGUUGCUGCAAGACUAGUAGUGGCUGCUAUGGCUUAUAAUAUUUGGAGUGAAAGAAAUUCGAGAUUCUUCAGUAACAGGUUGAGACCCCCAGAGCUAAUUGCUGAUGGUAUUAUUAGCACCGUGAGAGCAAAGUUAUUUUCGUUCAAGUACAAGCAAACACCGAACGUUAUGCGCUUUUUGGAUGAAUGGAAGAUGGGUAAAGCAGACCUUUGGAAGGAAGAUUGA